AGAAACAGCCGCUGCUAACCCUGAAGUCCGGAUCUCUUUGGGUUUCUGAAGCGUCAGUCUCGAUGCCCGCCGGCAGGGGGCGCCGUUUCAUCGCAGAUCCUGGCGACCCGCGGCGGCCGCUGCAACGCCUUUGCGUCAACCAUCACAGAUCACAACAUCAGCUCUCGCAGCAUCCCGCAUCUCGCGGCCAUCGGGACCAGGAGCACAUCUUCAUCUGAGCGUCCAUUCCACAACAGCCCGGCGCCGUCUCCACACCGCCGACAACCAGGCCAGUUUAUUACGCUGCCUGCAUCUGUUGUGCUUUCUUUCAUUUCUCUUUCUCUCUCUCUUCGUCUCUGGAACAUCUCGGAUUAUUUUUUCUUUGCUGCAAUUACUCUGUUCGAGAUGGUGUAAUAUUUUUCAAACGCGUCACUCUAAGGAAGACUAUCAUCUUUCAAAUCAUUGAGCUGGAGAUCUGCUAUGUUUCUGCUUCCAGGAGGUGCAGGCUGUCCAGGUGAUAGAUACCCCCUCAAAGAGCUCAGACCUCUGACCCUGACGCUCCUGGACGCCUCCUAUCAGCCGCCAUGGGAACCGUUCUGUCUCUGUCCCCCAGCUACCGGAAGGCGGCGCUCUUCGAAGACGGCCCCGCCACCGUGGGCCACUACACGGCCGUGCAGAACAGCAAGAACGCCAAAGACAAGAACCUGAAGCGUCACUCGCUCAUCAACGUGCUGCCAUGGAAGCGGAUCGUGGCGGUGUCGGCCAAGAAGAAGAGCUCCAAGAAAGUGCAGCCCAACGCCACGUACCAGAACAACGUGUCCCAUCUGAACAACGAGAACCUGAAGAAGUCGCAGUCCUGCGCUAAUCUGUCCAGCUUCACCCAGGACCAGAGCAGCCCGGCUCUCAGCAAGAGCUCCAACAACACGACAUCCUCGGUCAAGAAGGCCCCACUGACUAACUCCAAUGUGGCCCCUGGUACCCCUAAGAGAGUGAUCGUUCAAGCCUCCACCAGCGAGCUGCUGCGCUGCCUGGGGGAGUUCCUGUGCCGGCGCUGCUACCGCCUGAAGCACCUCUCCCCCACUGACCCGGUGCUGUGGCUGCGCAGCGUGGACCGCUCCCUGCUGCUGCAGGGCUGGCAGGACCAGGGCUUCAUCACGCCCGCCAACGUGGUCUUCGUCUACAUGCUGUGCCGCGACGUGGUCUCCUCCGAGGUGGCCACGGAGCACGAGCUGCAGGCCGUCCUCCUCACCUGCCUCUACCUGUCCUACUCCUACAUGGGUAACGAGAUCUCCUAUCCGCUCAAGCCCUUCCUGGUGGAGAGCUCCAAGGAGACCUUCUGGGACCGGUGCCUGUCCAUCAUCAACCUGAUGAGCGCCAAGAUGCUCCAGAUCAACUCCGACCCCCACUACUUCACUCAGGUGUUUGCCGACCUGAAGAACGAGAGCCAGAAGGAGGAGGAGAGGAGCCGCCUGCUCAUUGGCCUGGACCGGAGGGUGAGGGCCAUCGCCUGACUGGAUUUCUUCAUGCUCCACGGAUGAACAGGCAACUCCCGCUGCCUCUCUGGGACAUCCCCUCCACUGACACGGAUGUUUUUUUUUUUUUUUGGGGGGGGGUUCUUCUUUUUCUGCGGCGAUGCAUUUCUGACUGUCAGAGGACAGAGACAGCUCGAUCCCAAUCGGAGCCUGAGUUGUAUUAAGGGUGGGAGUGGAAGGGGUUUGGAGGGGUCUGUCAGUGGACAUUCAGCCCUGCUUUGUUGAACUUUUGAUAAAAAAAAAAAAAAAACGAAAAAAAAUAACUGGACGAUGAAUAUUGUGUGUUCAGAAAGACUUACAUUAUUCAACAAAAAGGAAAAAAAAAAGAAAGACAUGUUCAUGGAUGUUUUGCUCCACGAGGCUUAUUUAUUGCUUUGUUCUCCAACAAGUUUUCUUUUUCUACUUAGAAAUGUAACA